AUGGGCGGUAAGGGAAACGUAGCCUGUGAAGGUGUGAAGUGGGCGCUGACGUCGGGCUCAGGCGCAAAGGCAGCUCGGCCAAGGAAGGAGCCUAUGACCGUGAGGAGGCUCGAAUUGCAAUCUGUGCGGGCCAGUCAGUAUUGUGUGCAGGAUGGCCCGACGCGAUGGAUGACAUGGGGGGGGGGCGGGGGCGGACAUGAGGCUCGUCUCGUUGGUUGGGUCACGACACGACGACCACCACUGCGACCCCAACGGCGGCAGCGGGGGGGCGACGACGACGGCGAUGGGGCAAUUGCGCUUGCAACUGGGCCCUCAGCGGGCAGCGGGCUGGUUUGCGAUGCGAACGAGUCCGUGCAGGCCGACGACGUCAGCGGGCUGGAUGCGCACACACGACGAAGCGCUGGCAAUUGCGUGUGGACAAUUCUGCGUGCAUUGUCGAUAUGCAGCAGGCACAGUUGGGGGGCGGGUGGGCGGAGGCGCGCCAAGGCGAGAGAUGAAAAUUGUGCUGUUUGGGAGGGGGAGAUGGGCUUACCUGCGGCAAAGACUCAAGGACACAGAGGACGGAGGUGGACGGGAGAAACAGGUCGAAUCCAAACACCAGAACGCAAGGGAAGCAGAGAAGAAGACGGCGACGAGAGUGGGAGAGGGGAGGGGGGGAAAGAUGUGUGUGAGAAGAAAGGUGGGUGGGGUAAAAGAGCAAAGAGCGCAGAUGAUGUGCUGCCGAGCGAAUCCGCUAAGUUUACGGCGCUCGGUAGCGACGCGCAGAGACGAAGCUGGGGGGUUAGAGAGCAGAGGAUGGCGCCACGAUUUGCUGGAUCGGGCAGACACAAGCUUUGGAGAUCGAUACAAGGAUGGCGGGCCUUGGUGGCUCAGCACGGCUGCAACGCCCUCUACCAGGGCGCAGAUUGGCUGCAACGCCAUUGCACGCCCAGGCAAGGUCGGAAUUAA